GAUUUUAAGUCGUAAAUUUAGGAGAUAAAAAGUCGUAAAUUUAUGAGAAAAAAACUCGUAAAUUUACGAGAUUUAAGUCGAAGGAAUAUCCAGUCCAGCAUGUGAACGCCAUGUGCAGCAGCAGACCGACUUCUCAGAACACACACUGCAGAGCUUCGGCAAGAGGAAGGUGCAUUUAUCCCCCCUUGUCCCACCCUAUUGACCAGCGCUCUCCAAGCCGUGGGCUGCAGGCCGAAACUGGUUCGUAUUAACGCAUGCCACUCGCGUCACUUUUGAUAUGUUGCUGCGAUACAUUUGUUUUGAUACUUUGACAAACUAAAACGUUAUUGACACGAAAACGACAGCUCAGUAUGUACAUGCUACCACUUUAUUUAUUUAUUUUGCUUUUUUAUUUAUUUAAAUGAACUCAGCAGUGGCCGUGGCUGAGCUAUACUAGUAGUGAAUGACUGAGGUUAAGAGAGAUGGAGAGAACGGUAAGGCGUCUGUGUCCUCUUAGCGUGAUGGAGUUAUUCAGAGCCACUUUACUUUUGUGCAUGCGUAGUCGGCACGUUUAUUCAUAACAGAAAAAUUCCGACGCAUACUCAUCGGAUCAAGGAGUCCGCCGUAUUUGUUUACAAAAAUUGCACAUGCGCAGCUCAGUAGCAGCGCCAGGCUCAUCGCUGUCAUCAGAUUACCGUAAAACACAAAAUAUGAACACACAUUGAAACAUACAUUCUAAAUCUGCCAUAACAUAUUGAGUAAGGACGCAGGUUCAAAUUCCUAUUUUGACAAUAGGAUGUCUGUGGGCCCAUAUUGCUUCCAAAGCUUCUAAAAAAUGACAAAAUAUAUCGCUGUUUUCUUUAGAUGCAUGAUGGCAGCAGAAUCAUCAGACCUCCUAAAUUUUUUGAGAACUCGAGGUGUCUCAGAAGAAACCAUUUCUUUCUUUGAACAACAAAAGGUAAGCUAUUGUACGCUUAAUGAAGACGAAUCUUUUGAAUGUUUUAUCUAGUUAACAUUUUUAAGUUAAGAAAAUAUGCCUAUUGAAAUUAAAAAUAUUUCCAUUAGAAGAAAAGACACAAAAGUUGGGAAAGACCUUUGAGAAUCUUUCCAUAAAGCCUCAGCUUUGCCAAUAGGUCCUGUGGAUUAUAAUGAGGGUAACCAGCUGCCAGUUGUCUUCUCUAAGCACAUAAUUUUUAGUGAAAAGCCCUCUAUCAUGAAACUGGUGUCUUUUUUUUUGGGAGAUUGAUAACUGCUGUAGAAUGGUGAAGCUAAUCACAGAUUUAAGGAAAGUGACACAAAUGCUGAUGGAAUCCUGAAGUAGCCUUGAAGUCCUCAAUUAGUACCUUGACUUUGCUAAAUUAUUGUCUUUUAUUUUCACAGAUUGACAGAGAAGUUGUGCUGCUCAUGGAGGAUGCUCAGCUUGCAGAUCAUCUACCAUCAUAUGGAGAUAGAGUUGCUUUAGUUAACUAUUGCAGGCGUCAAACGACAUCAUCAAAAAGAAAACAUGGUCUUUUUGAGAAAUUAAGACAAAACCUGAAACUUAGAAGGGAAAGGGACCAGUCCCAAGAAAUGCCAGAAACAGUCAACCAGUCAGUAAGUAGAUCAAAACAGGUCAUGAGAAACAUUGAAAUUGGAUGGAUUCACAGUGAAAAAGGAGUUUCAAAGCAAAUUAGGACAAAACAAGGAGGAGGAACAAGGAAAGUGAAAGUCAACAUUAAAGCAGGUUUUCAUGAGAUACUAAAAGAAGGAAAGGCACUAUUUUUUCCAGAGGGGAAAUCUAGCAAAGGGCUGGAAUCUGAGUUUGAAUUUGAUGUUUGGGAUUUUGGACAAAAUUGCUUCCCCAGAGAUGUGUCAAUCGAAAACAUAUAUAACUCUGUGAAGCUACCAGUCUUGCGCUUCUACAUUGCAACUCAAUUUAAAGAACUUGAAAAUGAUGAUAUUGAUGACAAUAGCAAAGAUGCAAAUAGUUGUGUUGGAGAUCCCAGUGAUGUUGAAUCACUUACUUCAGAGGAAAGUUCUAGUCGAAAUUUAAACAUGAACACAGAUGAGCAGUCACAUUAUGCAGAACUACAUCAAACCUCUAUGCAAGAUUUGCGCAAUGUUUCUACAAGAAGCAGUUUUCACUCUUCUUCGAUCCACGAACAUUCACAAUCAAGCACAUUUGAAAAUGAAAUCCAAAAUGUCACAUUUUCUGGUGAACCAAGCUAUGCAGUUCUAGUGGAUCUCACUGAAGUCAAUGAAUCUCAGACGUCUGACCCUGAAAUAAUAAUAGGUGCACAGCAUUCAUCAGAGUUUGAUUUUACUUCUCUCAGUGACACAAUUAUCUUUGAUCCAGAUGACAUUUUGCAAAACCCUCAGGCUGUAAUACCUGAAGUAACCUUGGUUCUACACCAUGCAAACAGCUUCAAUGAAAUGAUUGAGGCUUUUACUGACACAAACAUCCUGGACAAAAACUUAAACAUCCGACGUUUGCUCCCUGACAAUUCAGUUGAAAAAGCAACUGGCUCAGGUGUAGUCAGGGAUGUCUACAGUAGUUUUUGGACAGAGUUUUAUGAACGGUGCACCCUAGGAACAACUCUGAAAGUUCCUUUCCUCAGGCAUGACUUCUGUGUAGCUAAAUGGAAAGCAAUCGGAAGAAUUUUUCUGAAAGGAUUUAGAGACUGUCAGUAUUUACCAAUCCGACUUGCCCCACCAUUUUUAGAACAAAUGCUGUAUGGGGAGGUGUACAGUGAUUUAAAAAAAACAUUUCUUCAAUUUGUAAGCACACAAGAACAGGACAUUCUAAGGAAUGCAUUGCAUGAUUUUUCAUCUGCUGAUACUGAUGAACUAAUGGAAGUCUUGAGCACGUAUGAAUGCAGAAAAAUGGUCACUGCAAUUAAUAUAGCAGGAAUUUUGGAUGAAAUUUCACACAAGGAACUUGUCCAGAAACCCAUGUUUGUCAUAGACUGCUGGCAAGAGGUCACAAAAGCACAUGUGAACCUAAGCCCUGGGGAGUUGACCAAAACAUACAAGGACCUCCAACCAACACCAAAAAAAGUUGUUGCCCUCUUAAACUUCCCUUCUGUGAUGACACCAAAACAACAGAGGUGGCACAACACCUGA